GGCGCCUUCAAUCAGGCGCGCGCUGCGAGGCGGGCGGUUUGCAGCUGCUGCUGAGGGAAGCGGGGCUUCUGCUCUGUCGGCUGGCCUGUGGAGUUAUAAAUUCCCUUCCGCGUUUUUCAGAGAGCGUAAUUGCUGCUGAAGUAAAAAGGUGAGGGAGGUCCGAUGACGGCCAAAGGAAACCUCCCUGCCGCGGCGGCAUCCGUGGUUGUUCCUUACGGACACGUGGUUGGGAACGAGAAGUGGAGGGGAUCCGAGAUGGCCCGCAGGCUGCAAGGGAAAACUAAACUCGUCUUUGAAGAUGGCUUGGGACUCGUGGAUUUCCAUCUUUCCAACAGAAUCUGUGUUUUAUAUAUUUCUGAAGCAGAUUUGGUUGCAGGGGAUGAAUUCAAGCGGAGAUUGGUGCGGUUUAGGAAUGCCAGCAGCAUUGGUGGAAUUGUGAUUGUCGAGAAGACUCCAAUAAGUGAGCAGUACUUCUCAGCAGUGCAAAAGCUCGUUGUGCUGCAACUUGGAAUGGCGUUGGUUCCUGUGGCAAAUCAAGAAGAAGCGUCUCAACUUAUUACUCAACUUGUCCGUGAACAAAGUAAGGAUCACACCAGUAACCCCUUUCUGCGUAAACAAUGCUCACAGCUGGCUGAGGCAUCAGUGUUUCGGACAGUGCAACAAAUCCCAGGAGUUGGGAAAACGAAAGCUCUGCUUCUACUGCAACAGUUUGGAAGCAUCCAUCAGAUUUGUAAUGCAUCUGUCAAAGAACUUGAGCUUGUAGUUGGACCAACAGUGGCACAACAAAUCCACGCAUUUUUGGGUUCCUGACUUGCAUAUUAUGCUGUUCUUGAAAAACUGCUUCUGUUUCUUGUGAAUUCUAAAGUUUUGUUCUUAACGAUAACUUACUAUGGUAAUUUCUAUAAUCUCAGCAACAACUAGAGGGUGCUGAGUAAUCACCUGGCUUGCUCUCCUCUUUAUAGCUGUUCUGGUCGUUUGGAUAUAAACUUGUACCAUCCUCCUUAGAACUGUGCUCUAUUGUGUAGAAGUUUCAGAUGAAGGUAAUGCUGUCAUACUGCCUUGGGAUUUAUGUAACUGUUACAUUAAGUAACUGGUAAAGAGAUCAAUUCACA